AUGAAGGAGAACGUGUCAUUGGAAACCGCAUCUACCCAACCCAACUGUAUUCGUAACUCCUGUGCGGUCUCCACGUCCAUCUUUAUUUUCAGCUUUCUUCUUAAUUCUCUCUCCCUAAUAACUUUUAUUUUCUCAUGGAUGAAAUGGCGCAAAGCUCGAAUGUACAGACUUUCCACCCCCACUACCUUCGUCUCACCAUCUACUCAGGAAUACGUUCGCCAAGCAGAAAAUACACCGCAAUCAAAAAAACUGCGCUCGCCAAAAAGUUCGGAAAUAGUUUGUGUUCAUGUUAAUGAUGGCACCCUGGAGGUUCAAGCAAUUCUUCCAGAUGAAUUCGACCCUCCAACGAGUUCUCAUUCGGACGUGGUCUUAAGUGAAAUUGAACAUUUAAAUGAGGUUCAGCCGAGGGAUCCGGAUAACUGUGAUAUUCAUGCCACGCUUGCCAACUUUCAAGCCAGACAAAAACCAAAAAUAAUUAUCGAAAAUCAACUGAACAAUGAUGUGUUCUUACAGAUAACUCCAUUUGCCUAA